CUGGUGAAGGGGUGGCGCUGCCACUGUUUACUAGAUGCUUAUUAGGGGUUGCUGUGGUUGUUAUGACUUAAACAUACAUUAAAUUAUAUCUGUGUGUGUGUGUGUUUGCUGUUUAUUGUAGGUAUUUCAGGGGUUUGAUGUGGUUCUAAUGGAAAAAUUGUAGCUUUGUGUGUGUGUGUUUUUGCUGUUUAUUAUAGGUAUUUCAGGGGUUUGAUGUGGUUCUAAUGGAAAAAAUAAUAGCUAUUGUGUGUGUGUUUUUUGCUGUUUAUUGUAGGUGUUUUAGGGGUUUGAUGUGGUUCUAAUGGAAAAAAUUAUAGUUGUGUGUGUGUGUGUGUGGUGGUUGUGCAUAUUAUAUGUAAUACAAACACACACGCACACACACACAUAUAUAUCUGUGUGUGUGUGUGUUGGAUUUUCUUUAGUCUCUUUUGAACAUUGAGAAUAUUGUUUGCUUUUUUCUCCUUUACUUUUGAUUUACAUCGAGUUGUUCUCUUUUCUCUUUGAUCAGUUGAUGUAUGAAUUUAAUGUACAAAAUUACAUGUGUGUCUUGCUAACUGCAUCCUUAAUGUGAGAUGAAUUCUGCUUGUGCUUGAAUUUAGUUAAUAAACAUAAGUUGUAACUAAUUUAUGUUUAUAUUUUUUUAUUCAAUUAUGACUUGAGCUCGAAUUAGAAUUUAAGAUGAGCCUCUUUCAACUAAAGAAUAUAUUCAUGACAAUCAUUAAAAAGAGCUGCUUUUAAUUUCUCUUUCACGUCUGCUAAAGAAAUUGUCCUAUUGUGAAGAUAAUAUUUGUCUUUCUUCCAGAUAGAUUUUGAAUAAGGGAAAAAGGAGCUCGUAAAAAAUCAUACAAUGUAUUACUUAUGAAAGUGUUUGAAAUCUUUUUAGCUGGUUUUUGAUUUGGGAAGGGGGUGUUUUCUGAUGCAAUGUGCUUUCUCAGGCUUUACACAUAUGCAACAUAAGCUAUAGUAUGUAUCCCUUGCUUCUUUGAAGAAAUAUGAAAGUAACUUCCCUCUUAGCUCAUUAGCAGAUGAGUGUACAAGGCAUUUUGGGCUUGAUUGUACAGAAAAUGUGGAUCAUGAAGCAGGAAAUUUCUUUGCUCUUGCGUCUGUUUUCCCAUCUUGUUUUAAAAAAUGGAGCACGAUUAUCUUCAAGCCUCUCAUGGAGUAUGGGUUAUCCUGCUUCGGGUAGGAUUAUUUUUGUUCACCCUAUUCGUGAUCAUACCAUAAGGAGUAUUGCACGUGGAAGCAACCAAUCGUCCAAUGGUAAAGUUAGUUCCCUUUUGGUUAGUAACUGUGAGGAGCUAUCUUUGUUGCUGGUAUCUCGUAAUGGACUACCACCGUUGAACAGCUUCGUAUCCUCUCAAUAUUCAAUAACUGAAACAAGAAAUGGUCGAGGUGAGACUAUGGCAGGUUCAUCUCCUCGGACUCCAUUACACUCUCGUUCUAGACUUAAUUCUCCUAGCACCAGGGAGUUCAAUACACCCAAGGAUCAAGAGUCAGUGUCGAUCUCUUCUGAUGCCGGUGACCCAACUAGUGAAAUAUUCAACAUAAGAGAAGUUUUGGUGAAUGACCAAUCAAAAAAACUUAUACAAACCUGUACAGCUUCGUGGUUGUGUUCUCGCAUUUUACUAUCUGGAAAUCUUGUCAUUGUCCCACUGCUUUCAAGGCUGUGUUUUUUCCAGGUUACAGGUGCUUCUUCUCCACAAAGUUUCGGGGACUAUGGUAAUGUUGCUUUCUCUGUAGAUCACAAAACAAAAGUAGUUCUACAUUUACCCCAGGACACUGAAGUGGGAACUCCAAUAACAAGCUUAUCACCAUCAGACCUUGAACUUAGAAAUAUGAACAAUAAGGAUGGAGUUGACUACGCAAAAUUGGGUGGUCUUUCUGAAGAAUUUGCAGUUCUAAUGGACAUAAUAAUAUCGUCGGCUGUGAAGGGUACAAUGGCUAGCAUGGGUUUACGACCUACAAAGGGAGUACUUCUUCAUGGGCCACCUGGGACUGGAAAGACUGCUUUGGCACGAUUAUGUGCCCAUAAAGCUGGUGUAAACCUAUUCUCUGUCAAUGGGCCUGAAGUAAUUAGUCAAUAUUAUGGUGAAAGUGAACGAGCAUUGAACGAGGUGUUUGAUUCAGCGAGUCAAGCAGCUCCUGCCGUGGUCUUCAUUGAUGAGUUGGACGCCAUUGCGCCUGCUCGUAAAGAUGCAGGUGAAGAGCUUUCUCAAAGAAUGGUAGCUACAUUGUUAAACUUGAUGGAUGGAAUAAGAAGAGCUGAUGGUGUGCUUGUUAUUGCUGCAACCAAUCGACCUGACAGUGUUGAACCAGCUCUUAGACGACCUGGAAGACUUGACAGGGAAAUUGAAAUAGGCGUACCAUCUGCCAGACAACGGUUUGAAAUACUACAGACAUUGCUUGGUGAAAUGGAACAUGCUCUUUUGGACAAGGAUGUUCACGACCUUGCAACAGCUACACAUGGUUUCGUGGGCGCUGACCUAGCUGCUUUGUGCAAUGAAGCGGCUUUGAAUUGUCUUCGUGAACAUGUCGAGUCAAAAACAUGCUUUGGAAAUACUCAAUAUAAACCUUCAAUGCCAACAUAUGAUGCAUGCCUUGGCAGGAAUGGUACCCAUUGCUUACAAGACAAUGAAGACCUUUCUUCUAACGGUGAUUUCGAGGGGGCAUCUUCAUCUAUUUCAGAAGCAUGUAUUUCAUCAGAUAUUCCAAGAAACUUCACUCGCGUGGCACAAACAGACACCCUUAGGAUCACUUUUAAAGAUUUUGAAAGGGCUAGAAUGAAAAUAAGGCCAAGUGCCAUGAGAGAGGUUAUACUUGAGGUUCCAAAGGUAAACUGGGAUGAUGUCGGAGGGCAGAGGGAGGUUAAGAUGCAACUUAUAGAAGCUGUUGAAUGGCCUCAAAAACACCAGGAGGCUUUCAACCGCAUUGGCACUCGUCCUCCUACUGGAGUUUUGAUGUUUGGUCCUCCAGGAUGCAGCAAAACAUUGUUAGCUCGUGCAGUUGCUUCUGAAGCAGGGUUGAACUUUCUUGCGGUGAAGGGCCCUGAGCUUUACAGCAAAUGGGUGGGUGAAUCAGAAAAAGCUGUUAGGUCACUAUUUGCAAAGGCUAGAGCGAAUUCUCCUUCAAUUAUAUUUUUUGAUGAAAUAGAUGGCCUUGCUGUUGUACGUGGCAAAGAAAGUGAUGGGAUUUCUGUGUCAGAUCGGGUCAUGAGUCAACUUCUUAUUGAAUUAGAUGGUUUACAUCAGAGAGUUAAUGUCACUGUUAUUGCUGCAACAAAUCGUCCAGACAAGAUUGACCCUGCUCUUCUAAGACCAGGACGUUUUGAUAGAUUGCUGUACGUUGGACCUCCAGAUGAAAAAGACAGGGAGGCAAUAUUCCAUAUACAUUUGAAGAAGAUGCCAUGCAGUUCUGACAUAUGCGUUGAAGAGCUAGCUCGGCUAACCAGUGGCUGUACUGGUGCUGACAUAUCGCUGAUAUGUCGUGAAGCUGCUAUUGCAGCUAUUGAAGAAAGCCUUGAUGCAUCUGAAAUAACAAUGGAACAUCUGAAGGCCGCCAUUAGGCAAGUGCCUCCAUCUGAAGUGCAUUCGUACCAGGAGUUAUCAAAUAGGUUUCAGAGGCUUGUGCACUCAGAUCCUGUGAAAGAUGAUUAGUGUCAUCAAUGGAACAUUAGAGUUAAUGGCUUUUGGCGCAGGAGGUUAAACAUUGAAGUCUUCUUUGCACAAAUGGACGUUGUUGCCAUAAUUUACACAUCUUCCAUGUUAAUUCCAGAAAUCUACUACAAAAACAUAUAUGCAGUAGAUCUCACACACACUAAUUAUUUAAGAUGCAUCAUGAGGAAGUCUAUUCCAUAUAGUAAGAGCUAGUACUUCUCAUGGAAGCUUUCAUCAGCAGGGCCAGAAUGAGUGUUUCUACUGGUUAAUGUCAACUAUUUGAUUCCAUCAAUGAACCGAGUAACAGCUAUUCAGUGGAGUAAUGUUCUUAUUCUGAUCCUUCGACGAGUUGUUUUCAAUCACAUGAAAUGCUUAGUUAUGAUGGUGAUAUUAAGAAGAUAUCAAGGUAGCUCCAGUAUGGAUACUUCUGGUGUUAAACUGAAGAUUGCACUCUAUGGAUUGAUUAUGUGUUAAAAGAAGUACAUGGUAUUUUGUGUAUUAUGCAUAAACAUAAACUAUAUAGAACUAUAGUAGGUAUACAUCAUCUUUCUGAUUGAAUACAACCUUUGACAUCCUCUUAUGUGUAUACCAAAUCAUUGGUGAGUACUUUCUUUAAUGAAUUGUUUUGGAUCGAGAGUUUAUCGGAAA